UCAGUACAGUGUAGUUGCUCGCGUUCCAAACGUCCUGCACAUUGUUUAUUCGAUGUGUUAAGCACGGCAUCAAAAUGUUGUUACGAGUUUUGUCGCUAUAUUUGUGCUUUGAACUGGGUUCUACAGGACAUGUUGCCGUCCAACUACCAUACGCAAAUCCAGCAGGAAUAGCCUACAUCAAUGGAAAAACGCAUGCUCAGGCUGGAUUAUUGGCUGGUCCGGUGAGGUAUCGAUCGGCCAACUACAUCCAGGGACAACAACUUCCCAUCCAUGCCUACCAAGUAGCAGGGACUCCAUCUGUUUACUCGUAUAACCUACCAGAAGCACCUGUAUCGGUAGCCUCACAUCCUUUCUAUACCUACAAUCAUGCAGCCGUAACGCCAGUAAUAUAUGGAGCCGUUCAACGACCACCUACAGUGGUGUUUAAGCCCCAACCAAUACAUCCAGUAAUUACACAAUUUCAUCCGCCGGAUAUCCAACCAACUUACAUUCCAACAGUAACUACCGUGCCCGUUCACAUACCUAUCGAACAUGUGACACCCACAGUACCCAUAAUUCCACCGACACCAGUAAAACCUGUGACACCGAAAGCACACGUACCCCCAGUUACUACUACGGUUACCAAAACAAUCACGCAACAGCACGGUUACGAACAGCACGGUGUUACGAACACUCAAACUCCGUUGCCUGUAAUAAGAUCUCGCAAAUACAAAGUAAGGAGGCCCGCCAUUCACAACCAAUUUUAUGAUAUAGAAGAACGUGUUAUUAUUCGUCCGGUUGGCAAUGCUUUGAUAGAACUGGAACAGCCUUUAUCUCAAACUGAAACCGGAAUCGGAAGACAACCAGAUGAUCAUCAAUUUGCUCAUUCGAACAAUGGACAAGAAGGUGGCCAUACUAUAAUUACUCAAACAACGACGGUGACGCAAAGACCUGGAACUGCACAGCAGCAUCCCGUAUACACCCAGCCGCCAGUAUAUAAUACCCCGGAGACUCCUCAACAUCCUUUAUACAAUCAGCAACCGGUACAUAAUACUCCAGUCGCACAAUAUCCGUACGAGUUUCAUCAGAUACCAGUGUAUAAUACUCCAACGGCUCAACCGCAUCCUGUGAUCAUUCACACAAGUAAUACAGGACAAGUUCCGCAUCCUACAGUUACACCACAAACUCCAAUCUACGUGAAUCAUGUUCAACCUGUGUACAUUCCGACAAAUGCUAUUCCUGUGACCACCAUUAAACCUCCGCAUGUGUCUGUACCUGUAGUUACAACUCCACACCCCUCUUAUAUACCUUCAACAAGUACAGAUAGUAGUACUCUCGAUUAUGAUGACACAAUAGUUAUCGACGCACGCAGUGGUGGCCGAGCAUCCUCCUCCACUGAAAACCCAUAUCACUAUACAACAAUUGAUUCAACCGCUAAAUAUCGAACAUAUAACAACUACACCGUUGAAGAUUCACCGAAACGUGGGGAUAUUGCCAUCAGUUACGCUACUGAGGCGACCCAUCAAAGUUUAUCGAACGAGUUCGACAAUAAAACUCCUCGAUCUUCUACCAUUGAACCAGAAGUGGCGACUUCAACUAAUGUGCCAAAUCCAACAAUAAACGCACGUUUUGCCAAUGAAAAUAACAAUCCAGCAGAAUCCCGAGAUCAGCAAUCGUCGGCAUCCCGGAACACUGGCUACACUGAAACGACAGUUUCUUCUCCAAGGGUAAUAGUUUCGAGCAACGUUUCACCUGACCAGGCUCGUGCCAAUCAGGAACAAUUUAUUCGAUUACUUUCCGAGAGGGAUUCCAUUUCCGAGGUUGGUUUUAGUCCAAACAGCGGCACGUCGGGCAGCGUGAUCGACGCGUACGUUCGGGGUCGUGUGCUGUCUGCAACUCCUGCCCCGCGCGAUGCUACCGAUUCCAGCAGGACAGUCAAUAUUCGACGAAUUAUAGUUUCUCGACCAAUCGAAACUGAGCAAGAGGUGGAGGUACGAGAACAAGUACGCCCCGUACAGCACCCCGGAUACCACACCACUUCGGGUCCUCACCAGGUGCCCGUUUAUUCAGAAGUAAGACCCCCGGCAUUCGCAAAUGAUUAUGUUGAUUGAAACAAUGCAUUUAAAUGUUGACUAAUAAACGAAAUCGAGUAAUAAAA